CAGGAGCAACAGCCGAAUGAAGUCACAAGCAAAGUUACAUCUAUUUUAGGAUAACAUGAAAGCAACUGUAUUGACCAAGUCGAUCACUUGACGUGAAGCUCAAGAAAGACAUUUAUCCAAUAGUCAACAUCGAUAACAAUGUCGAAUAACAUUUAUGGCGGUGAUGAGGUAAACGCGCUGGUGCUAGACCUUGGAACUCAUGCGUUUAAAGCGGGAUACUCGGGAGAUGACACACCUAAGGCGGUGUUCCCAUCGAUGGUCGGCAUCCACUCUGAAUUGGGGGCGUCUAAUGGCAUGGAGGUGGAUGGCGGCGCGGGGCGGCCCCCGGGUGCUCGCAAGCUGUCAGUGGGCUACCAGGCGCUCAGCGCCAAGCAGCUGGACAUGGAGGUCCAAUCUCCGUUCGGCCCUGACGACCUGUACAGCGACUGGGAGCUGGUGGAGGCGCUGUACAACCACGCCAUCAGAGACCGGCUGUCCGUGAAGCCCGAGGAGUUUGCGCUGCUGCUGGCUGAGCCCACCCACAACAGCCGCGCGGCCCGGGAGCGGCUGGUGGAGCUGGUGUUCGAGGGCUUCCAGGCGCCCGCGUGCUUCGUGGCGCGAAGUGCCAUGCUGAGCGCCUUUGCAACGGCGCGGCAGACGGCGCUGGUGGUGGAUGUGGGAUACCGGGCGGCAACAGCCGCUGCUGUGCAAGAUGGCUACGUGCUCCAAAAGACCGUAUCGCGAACGCCAAUAGCUGGUCAGCUGCUCAACCAUGCUGCUCAAGCAGUCGCGGAUGCCAAGUACACGCCCAUCCAGCCACGCUUUGCCUUCAAGCGGCAGCAAGUCCAGCCCGGUGGCGAGUUCCAGGUUGUCCCAGUUGACACCACGGGCGUGACUCCCAGCUUCCGCGCCUACCAUGUGGAGCAGGCGGCGAGCGACAUGAAGGAGGGCGUGUGCCGGACCAGCGAGACACGCUUCGUGCAGGCGGAGGGCGUCAACGUGCCCACCGUGGUGUACGAGCUGCCCGACGGCCAGGAGCUGUACCUGGGUCCGGAGCGCUUCCGCAUGACGGAGCUGUUCUUCCAGCCGACCAGCAUCAGCAACUUCAAGGGGUUGUCCCUGCCGCCGGAAACUCGAUCAGUCCCCGAGGUCGUGAUUGAUGCGGUGAACAAGUGUGAUGUGGACCUGCGCAAGGACAUGUACUCGGGGGCCAUCCUCACAGGCGGCACCUCCCUGAUCGCCGGCUUCAAGGAGCGGCUGGAGAAGGAGGUGUCGGACCUCUCCCCGCCCGCGGCCAAGGUCAAGAUGGUGGCGGCGGCGAACAACAUGGAGCGGCGUUUCAGCACCUGGAUUGGCGGCUCCAUCCUGUCCAGCCUGGGCUCCUUCCAGCAGCUGUGGAUGUCCAAGAAGGAGUACGCGGAGCACGGGGCGCCCCUCAUCAACAGGAAGUGCCCUUGAGGCAGGGGGGUAGAGGAGGGGGAAAUGGCGCACUGGGCUAGGAGAGAGGCAGGUGGGAGGGAGAGGCGGGGACGGUAUGUGGACCAGGGGAGCAGAGACGCAGCGAGGGAGGAGGAGGGAGAGGCGAACCUGGAGCGAGGGGGAUUGAGAGCGGCUGCGAUGAAAGGGUAGCUGUGCUGCAGCUUUACCUGUUCAGUAGUCCAGGGGCCUGAGCGCUGUAGGCGGAGGUAUGUUUUGAGAGGAUGAUGGAUGGCGGGGUAGUAUUGUGUGAGUGCUGAUUCCGAUGGGGAUGCGGACAUUCAUUUGUGGUGGUGGUUGCUCGACCCGGGCUCGCUGGCGCAUGUGAGGCCGGGGCCCGGUGAGGCUAGACGGGUGCAGGACAGGUUGGGCAGUGACUCGCUCGUGUUGAGGCGA